UAGUGACGCUAUGGUGUAUUUUCAGCUAGAGGCAGCUUUCAGUCGUUUACGGUUAUGUUCACCGUUUUCUGGUCUUCGUUUGGCGGUGACAGAAUACAGAACCACGGGCGAGUUCCGGUCCAGUUGGACCUUUUAGGCGUUUUUCCCUGUUUGAGCGUUUUUCUCCCAAAAAAACCAACAGAGAGAGCAGGCUAAUCAGAGAGCCGCGCGCGCGCCGCGGUUAAAUGUGACUACUUCCUGUGUGGAGAAUCUUGGCGCGACUCUAGGACUGAAAACGUCACAAAGACAAAAUACUCAUGCAAGUUCUGCUGACAGCAAUCAAAAGGACUUUAGAGAAGAUGGAGGCAGGAGAAGCGUCUGGCUGUAUUAAAGCAUUCAUCCGUGUGUCUACAGCUCUGCCUCCUGGUGUCAGUGAAGACUCGAUGGACCUCUAUGGUGACCUGGGCGUUGGGAUUAGCAGCAAUGCAGAUAAGUCCUCUCCUGUGUGCUCUGAGCUGAGAGAGUCUCUGGACCUGUAUGAGGACUUGGUGGCAGAAGAACAGCUGAGUAGAGAGUCCUCGUACGAUGAGCUGAAGUCUAAACUACAAGAAGCUCAAACCCAGAUUAGAGACCUGCACACAAGGCUGGAGCAGAUGGAAGUCCAGAAUCUGGGCCUGAGUAAAGAGAACCACAGCCUCAAGAAGAACAUCUCUGCUCUGCUGCGGACAGCCAGGCAGGAAGUGACCCGGAAAGACGCUGAGAUCCAGAGGCUGACCCAGUGGGUUGAGAGAGGUCGAAUCAACCAUCCGUCUGAGAAGAAUCGCCUUCAACAUGUGAACUCCUCCGUUCAGACCUCCACAGCGGGUUCCAAAAGCAGGCCAACCCCACUGCCCUCUUCAGGUCUUCCUCCAGCUCCCCAGUCCCAGAAGUCCAAUCCCUCAGGAGAUCCGGCUCAGGCUUCUCGGAAAGGAAGUACCUCCUCAUCCAGAUCUUCUGAAGCCUCCUCGCACGAACGUCCCACCAGAGACCCGGAAUCAGCAGACAGACCGACUAAACCAGACAAACAAAGGUUCAGGAAACCGUCUGAGUCAGCCGACGGAAGGCGUUCCAACAAGGACUCUCACGACUCCAAGGGCAAACGGACUCGCAGAGAAGACACCGAGCGGACGUCUGAUUACCAGUCAUGCAACAAAAGGAAACGCGUUGAGGGGGACUUCCUGUUAGGUGGAUCUAAAACGUCUUCAUCCUCCUUGGAGCACAAGAAGGAGGACAGGCAGGACCAGAGGCCAGAUGGAACCCAAAAAGCUUCUGCAGACAACAUCAUCAAGGUUUUAGGCUCCAGAGGAGGUUCAGAUUACAAAAACGUCAAACAUGAGAAACACUCGAGCUCGAAGGAUGUGAAGAACUCCUCAGGUCAGCAUGGCGAACGUAAUAAAGACCGAGAAGGAAACCGGCAGAAGGAUCCUCAGAGGAAGGCCCACAGAGACCACGAGAGCAGCAGAAGACACCACAGGAGCAGUCACCCUCCGACCAGCAGAGAGCGCGACAAACCGAGACCUAAGGAUGGCAGUAAAGACCGGGUGGACAAGAAAAGACCUGAGCGGACUCCUAAAAGACCUCCAGAAGGACCAGUCACUGAUGGAAGUAGUCCAAACAGGAAGUUGUGCUUCAUGGAAAUUUUAAACCUGACUCUUUCACCAAAUAAAAAGUCUCCAAACGCCAGCCCUGACGAGCCAGCAGAGAAAGGUGCUGAGACCAAACCAGAUGAAGAGGACUCGCAGAUCAACAUCAGAGACAUGUGUGUCAUCGAUGAGGUGGACAACUGCCAUCUAGACUUCGAUCAUACGGGCCCGUCUCCAGGUCCCCUUAAAGACACAAUCACCGAGAGAAGGAUGGAGAACCUGAAGGAUGUCCAGAAAGAGGACAGAGCUGACAGUUCAGGUCAGAUCCAGCUACUGGAUCCGGUGGAUCAAGUCCACCUUGUGCCAAAGUUGGUGGACGUGUCUGAGCCUUGUGAGGACGGAGCUGUGGUGGCCCCAAACAGCCAGGUCACAGAUAAGUCCUGCUCCAGCAGCACAUUGGGAAACGUCCCCAGUAACACCUCCGAUCCUCCUGCUGGUGUUGGAGAACAACUAACAGGAGAACCUCAGAGAAGAUCUCACGACACAACCACAGGAAGCACGGUCAUGUCUCACUCUGAAGACAUGGACAUUUCUGAAAUCGUAGCUAAAGAGGAUUGUCUCAAAGGUGGUAAAGCUCCUGCUUACUCACCUCCCAUGUGCCUUCAGGACCGCUGCUCUCCUUCUUCCACCAGUGCUACUCCUGGUGAACGAGAAGGUACAAGAGGCUCAGACUCUGUAUCGAGCACCACCAGCCUGGACUCUGUCCCACAGGAAGGGGUGAGUCUAACAGAGGCCAUCUACAUUUUAACUAAAACGGAUGUGGACCUGAGGGAAGGCAGUCCAGGCCUGGCUCAUCCUAGUCCAGGCUGCACUGGUGUGUCCAAGGUCAGCAGCACCACGGAGGAGAAGACACUACCGGACAAGUACAACCUUCUCUCCGUUACUCCCCAAAAAUACCCAACAAAGGUCCAUGGGUCCAGCAUGGACAUGCCCAGUCCUGUGCCAUUAUUCCAUGAUGAGGACUCCAUGAUGCGUACGCUGAGUGGUCUCAGAAGACUUCCUGACGCCAUCAGCCCUCUGAGGAGCCCAGUUCGGAUCACUAAACGAAGCCUGGUCUUCAUCCAGAACAAGCCUGGACACGUCAAGCGUCUUCAUAAGGACUUUUCCACUUCUGCCGCUGAUCCCAGCUCAAAGAAGUUGGAUGUAAACAAAGACGGCACAUAUCCAGGUUCCCCUUCCAAAUGUGAAACCCAGAACCAGGUGACGGUGGGAUCCGAUGUACCACUGAGUGUUGCUGACACUGAUCUGGAAGAGGGGGAAAUUUUAAGUGAGAGUGAUGAGGCUUCCAGUCCACAUGCUCCAGCCACCAAGAGGCCACCUCCACUAGAGCCAGUCAGAAAUAAGACCAGUGCUGCUCCUGUGUUAAGGAAAAGAUCUGAAGAGAGGCGGGUGUCUCCUAGAGAAACACGUGAAGCAGCAGGAGCAUCAACACCAAGUCCCAGGAGUCGCUUCAAAACUGUCUGUCCUGCUGCUAGCAAGGCUUCCUUUUCCACCGAGGAGGAGAUAAUGGAGACGUUUAAGGUGGUUCGAACUGAGAUCAGAAAAAAGUACAUGAAGCUCCAUAAAACGUUCCCCAAGAAGAGCUUCUAUGGUGUGAUGGACAACUUUCAGAAGUCUUUUGUGGAGUUUGUGGAGGGUGCUGAUUUUGGUCAGAUCUGCAGUCAUCCAGAGGAGCUGAAGUCUAAGCUGAGGAAACUCAUAGAUUCUGUCUUCUGCAAAGUCUUAAAUAACGGCAUCGUGAAGCGCAUCUUUGAGCAGCAAGCUGUGGACCUGAAGCAGAAGCUCUGGGACUUUGUGGACAUUCAAGUGGACUAUUUAUUCAAGGACAUAAAUGGGACUCUGAAGAGUCUUUGCAAACCAGCCAAAGCUUUGGCUAAGGACAGAAAGUCCAGUGCAGAGGACAGAAAGUCCAGUGCGGAGGACAGGAAGUCCAGUGCGGAGGACAGAAAGUCCAGUGCGGAGGACAGGAAGUCCAGUGCGGAGGACAGAAAGUCCAGUGCGGAGGACAGGAAGUCCAGUGCGGAGGACAGGAAGUCCAGUGCGGAGGACAGGAAGUCCAGUGCGGAGGACAGGAAGUCCAGUGCGGAGGACAGGAAGUCCAGUGCAGAGGACAGGAAGUCCAGUGCAGAGGACAGGAAGUCCAGUGCGGAGGACAGAAAGUCCAGUGCGGAGGACAGGAAGUCCAGUGCGGAGGACAGGAAGUCCAGUGCGGAGGACAGGAAGUCCAGUGCAGAGGACAGGAAGUCCAGUGCGGAGGACAGAAAGUCUGGACAGGCUUCUGUGGAGAAGUCACAGUGUAAACCGAAGGAGGCUCCUCAGCCUCCUGGUCUGAACCGGACCAGUUCUUACAGAACUGGCCUGGGAAGCAGAGGCAAAGACAUCAGGAUGACGAGUGUAGAGGUGAACAGCAAUCCACCAAACUACCAGAACACACACUCUGUGGUUGAACUCCUCCCCUGUAAAAGUCCUCCCCAGACCCCUGACACAAGAAUUUCUUCUCUGCUGGUCUCUCAGAACAGCUCCAUGCUGGAUAAGACGGACUUUGAGCUUCUCACAGAGCAGCAGACCUCCAGUCUGACGUACAAUCUGGUGAGAGAUGCUCAGAUGGGGGAAAUAUUCAAGUGUCUCCUCCAAGGGUCGGACCUGUUGGACAGUGGUGGGCUCGGUGGAGACGGCAUGGCGUGGGCAUUUGGUACUCCAAGAAAAGAUGAAGAAAGGUUCCUCGGCAUCACCACACCAUCAAAGUUCUCUUCCCCCUCCAAGCUGCUCACCCCGGCCAAGUUUGAUACUCCACACAAGCUCCUUGCGACGUGGAGCAGUAUUUCUCCUCACAGAGUCUUGUCUCCUCAAGCCAAACACACCAUCCCCCUGAACCCUGCCGUGUUUGAUGAAAGCUGUCUCCUGGAAGUCCCAUCACAAAACCGGAUGUUGCUGCAGACGAGCCAGAAGUCCUACUCCAUCCUGGCAGAAGACUUGGCCGUGUCUCUAACCCUUCCCUCUCCUUUAAAGUCCGACAGCCACCUCAGCUUCCUGCAGCCGUCCAGCAUGCAGAUGGGGUCCACUCCUGACAGCGUCAUCAGCGCCCACUUCAGCGAGGACGCCCGGCUGGACGAGGAAGACGCUACAGAGCACGACAUUCGCCUGAUCCUGGACACGGACAACUCCAGCUCUGGCAACAGCAGCAGUGUGACCUCAGAGACACUGGCGACCCCGUUUGUCUUCAAGCCGGACGUCCCUAUGAGAGCUCUGGUGACCGAGAAGUCCAAUGACCACUUCAUUGUCAAAAUUCAACACGCAAAGACGAGCCUGAGCGUUUCGGUCAACGCUGAAGAGAGGUUAGCAGAAGAUCAGCAGCCCAAAGACCACGGUGGGUUAACAGACAAGUCUCCAGAUGAUCCCGGUGCUCCACCUUCAGAUGACCACCGUCCCAACAUCACUGGAGACUCUGGACUUGGCCAGAUAGGAAAUGAGUCAGACCACCAUGUUGUUUUACUGGAGAGCAUAACCGCUCAACAUAGUCCACCAAACGCAGGUGAAGAUACAUCUACUGAACAUAGUCCCUCCACAGGUUGUCCUGAGGAGAACUUACCUUCAGACCUGAACAAAGCUUCAGGGUCGGACCAGUACUCGGUCAUGGGUGAUCUUCCAGAAAAUCCAACAAAUCCAAGGCAGGAACCUCCUUCAGAGGAACCACAGGAACCGCUCCGUUCCUCUGCGGACACCAAGUGUUCACACAUCCAGAACCAGCAGAGCCACAUACCACAGGAUGCUCCGGAAUCCCGGAGGAGGCCCACCAUCAACGCCGCUGGCUCGCCUGGAAAAGACCAGAAGAUCUGCAACCAGAUCAGAAAAAGGAAGAAACAGACGGAGAAAGUAAAAGACGAGAAGUGCAGAGGUGAAGAGGAGAGUCUUAGGGAGAUGACUCCUUCUAGAAAGGACAAUGAGGAGUCAAACUUGUCGCCGUCAGCCCUGUCACCCAGCAGCCUGUCAGCCAAGAACCUGGUGAGGAAGAAGGGCGAGGUGGUGAUGGCAUGGACCAGAGAUGAAGAUCGGGCCAUCCUGGUGGAUCUGAAGAAGAACGGUGCUUCACGAGAAACCUUUAAUGCGCUGUCAGAGAAGCUCAACAAGCCCUCGGGCCAGAUUGCUCACAGGUUCUACCAGCUCAUGAAGCUGUUCAAGAAGCAGAAGAUGGACACCUGACCUGAUCCGGAGCAGCAGGAGAACAGCACCAGCGCUGGGCUGAAGGUCACUAAACAUCUGCAUUUCUGGGUGGAACCUUUGUGCGAGGUGUGAACUUGAUGCCUGGAGCAGCAGCAGCCUUGAAUCAUUGUUGUAGAUGCACUUUUUGGUUUCAGCAGAACUCACCAGGACCACCACUACAGCCUCGGAUCUGGAUACUUGCUGAUAUUCAGACUAUUUUGUUUUUCUUACAGAAAAACUCGACUAUGAAAUUGGUGCAGAAUCUGUGCUUUUGUAUUUUAGCUUUUGUUACAUGUUCCAAAACGAGUGUGAAUACUUUUGUUGUUAUGCUAGAACCUUCCUACGUUCCUGAGAAUAAAAAUUCCUGUGUGGGAAGAACUGGAA